AUGGUAGCUUCCGACGAUAACCGAAUGAUAGUCGUUGUGACAGGUGCCAAUACCGGUAUCGGCCUAGGCAUCUGUCAUCGGCUCCUCUCCUCCCUCUCCCUCCCGCUCGACCAAGCCAUCACUGAGGCUACACCCCAAAGCUCCGCUUUUGCGCCUUCUCACCAGCGAUCAGCUGGGCUCAGCUCGAGCAGCAGCAGCCAGAGGACCGAGCUCACACUCACGCUCAUCCUGGCCUGUCGAUCGCUCAAGAAGGCGGAGGUUGCCAAGGAGGCUUUACUGGAGAGGCAUUUGAGAGUGUUGGAGAAGAGGAGAGGGAAGGGGCUAGUCGUUCCGAAAGGGUGGAAGGAGGGAUUGCGGAUCGAGAUUGAGCUGUUGGAUGUGGAUUCGCCAAAUGGGGAGAAUGGGAUCCUGGACUUUUGCCAGCGGCUGCGAGGAAAGUAUCCAUACAUUACAUCCCUGUAUUCCAAUGCCGGUGUCCACGGUGCGAUCAGUCAACGGUGGGGCGCAAUGGUCCUGGAGGUCUUCCGGAAAGGACUGCUGUACGCCUGCUCGCACGACAAGGCGUACAUGGACGAAGAGGUUGGGCGGCUCAGCAGAGAUAAGCAAAGAGGGGCAAUAUGGGGCAUCAACACCUUUGCGCCUUACCUACUCUCCACAGAGCUCAUCGGCCUUCUUCAACAAUCGCCCUCCUCACUCCCCUUUUCGCCCCGGAUCAUCUACACCACCUCCUCCACGACUGAACUUUCAGACUUUGACGGCCUCGACCCCGCCGCCGACCCGCAGCUCCUCCGAAUGUCCAAGGUGUACGCGCCAAGCAAGUACGCCGGGGAUCUGCUCAUCGAUGAUCUGGAUCGGCGGUAUGGCCGGCCGUCGGCAGAUAGGCGGGCUGUGAGGGCUCUCUGCGGCGAGCCAGGGUGUGUAGCUACGAACGCGGCGAAGGACUGGAUGAUGGAGUCGCCGUUGUAUGGGUUCCUGCAAGCGGCGAAUUUGAUUGUCUUUCUCCUUCUCCGAUUGAUUGGCUCGCCAUAUCAUCCGAGAGAUACAGAAGACGCGACCGCCGGGCUUCUGUACGCUGCUUUGGUCCCGGACGAGCAUCUGCCUCCAGCAGGCGGGAACGAGCGGUUCAGAUUUGGGGCGCACGCCCAUCCAUUGCGGGACGCGACGGUGGACUAUAUCCCGCUGGACGGCGGGAAGUCGGAGCAGGCAGAUCGGAUUUUCAAGGUGCAGUUGGCGGAGUGUGAAAGGGUGAGGGAAGAGUGUAAGCGGUUGGAGAAGGAUGGGAGAUGA